AUGCAAGAUGCCACCCUGGCCGCGAUCGAAUGGAAUUUCCAUAUCGAGCUCAUGGAAGCCUGCAGUACAUGCAACAUGAACGCAUUAUCUGCGAAUGGCCCAUGUCUGAGCAAUGGAUCGGAAGGAAAGUUGAUUGGGACUCUACCGAAUGACGAAUACUACAAGCUGGCUUUGAUCGUUGGGGAUCGAGAAUCCCUUGCGGAUACGUUCACGUUUCUCAUACUGACCAUGCCGGCCUUCUAA